UGGGUGUCGCGUCACACUAGCCUGGCGUUCUCCCACCCACAGCAGCGUCCAACCCCGGCGUGUGCCGGCGGGGGCCAACAGGUCCACGUAACCGCCCUUCCCAGCCAGCACCCCGAGACCGGCACCUCGUGCAGGAGGCGGCCGCUUGGUGUCCCGGGGUGAACCGCGGAGCUGCACUUGCCAGCUUGCCAAAAACGGGAGAGGGAGGAGGAGGGAGCCCGCCUGCUUGCCUGCCUGCCUGCCUGCCUGUAGGACAAGGAAGAAGCUGGCGGCGUCAGCAACUCCUAGUCUCCAGCCUUCGUGGGCAGCGCGGAUUACCCCGCGAGGGAGAACUUCGGGGCAGAGGGCGGGCGCGGCGCGGGCUACGGGACGCCCCUUCGGGACCGGCAGCAACGACUUGCAGGACCACGGAAGAAGGGAUGACGGGCUCCGCGCAGACCGCCUAGCCGGCCACUAGGAGAGCUAUUUCUACUAUUGAAGCAUAGCGAAGUUGUUGGAAGGACAAAUGUUACAUGUUGGUCUUGGGAAUAGAUUGACAUUCCUCCUUCCAAGUUUUGCUGAUGAUGAAUGGAACAGCCAAUGUGAAUGCAGCUGGACGCAGCCAUUAUGCCUCCUCUAUACCUAUUCCCAGAGCCGCAUCUCAUAGCAAGAUACAUACUCUGGCAGCAUCUCCUAAACUGCCCCCUAAACAGAACUGUGUGGGAGCAUAUUCCUCACCAAGGUUAUCAUCUCCCAGGAUAGGGAAGGCACAGGGAAGCUCAACCUGUGGUGCUCCUAAAGGACCGAAGCAGAAGCUCAUGGUUAAGGCUGCAGCUGCUACUAGUCCUAGACCAGAGAAAACAGACAUAUCUGGGAGCCAUGGCGAGACAGAGGAUAUGGACUCUAGCCUUAGUUCAGGUUUGGUGUCUGGCUACAGUAACCCCUGGGGCUUACCAAAGGCCAAUUCCAGACCCACCAAGAUAGUGAAGAAAGCUGUUAUUCAGACAACUGAGAAAGUAAAGAACACCUCUAAACAAGGUGAAAGCAAUAGCAGCCUUGUUGCUGUGAAGGUCCUCGGAAAGCCCAGCACAAUUGCUGAACCGGCAAAGACCACUCAUCUGCCAGGGAAAAGCCCUUCAUAUCUUAACCUGUAUAAUGAGACAUUAAUGUCAAAGACUUCAGAGGGAUCUACCACAAAGAGGCCUCAGAGCUGUCCAGCAAAAGGUCAGUCAGCCUCAGAAGUCAACUGGAAGGAAAAUGGAACAAUCAAGCAAGAAGAUAAUCCUCAGACAAUCUCACUGGAUACAAGCAACCUUAACAAGGGACCUGUGUUACAUACAGCACCCAUCAGUUUUUCUUCUGUGCCACAGCACAACCAUCCCAUUAUGGCCACUGUCGCCCCUUUUCAUUAUCGGUGGCAGGGUGAGAAAGAGAAAAGCAGCCUUCCUCAGAAGGAAGAGGCAUGUGAUGUGCAGCAACCCAGCCCUCCCGAAGGGCCUGAACUCGCCCUGAGAGGCAUGAAAGCUGGGCUUUUAAAUGGUUUCCUCGCGGCAGGCGGGAAGAAGAUGCUCGGUAGCAGCGGCGGCGGAGGCAACCAUCACGUCAGGAGUCUGCAGCAGGACGCGGAGCUGAACGGCGAGGAAGGGCCAGAGGAGCUGAAGGCUUUCAAGAAGGCGGCGUCCGAGGGGAGCAAGGCCAUGAUGCAGAAGCGCGCCAACCCCAAAGGCCCCGCCGGGGUGGCGCCCAAGACGGCUGAGCUGAAGGUCUUCAAGUCGGACAGCGUGGAGGCUCGCCUGCCGGUGGCCUCGAACCUGCGCAAGCAGAAGUCCCUCACCAACCUGUCCUUCCUGACCGACAGCGAGAAGAAGAUGCAGCUCUACGAGCCCAAAUGGAGCGACGACAUGGCCAAGGCGGCCAAAGGCUUCGGGGGCCGUAGCCUCAAAGGCGGCAAGCAGGCGCCCUCGCUCAUGUCCAAGAACCUCUCCCGGUCCGAGCACUCACUCUUUCAGGCUAAGUUGGCCCCGGCCACCAGCAACAAACCGCCGCUGGCGCCGCUGCCUUCCAACCUGGGCAAGCCCAGCCGCAUCCCGCGGGGGCCUUAUGCCGAAGUCAAACCGCUCAGCAAAGCCCCCGAGGCCGGCAGUGGCGACGACCCCAAGUCGGACGACGAGAUCCUCUCCAAUAAGGGCAAGACGGCGCAGCAGAAGCAGCCCCAGCAGCCGCCCCAAACGGCCACUCAGCCGGCCGGGAAGGGGGCCCCGACGGAGGAGAAGGCUUUCCUGAAGGUGGAUCCCGAGCUAGUAGUCACCGUGCUGGGCGACCUGGAGCAGCUGCUCUUCAGCCAGAUGCUCGACCCUGAAUCCCAGAGAAAGAGGACAGUACAAAAUGUGCUCGAUCUGCGGCAGAACCUCGAAGAGACCAUGUCCAGUUUACGGGGCUCCCAAGUAACUCACAGCUCAUUAGAGAUGACGUGCUAUGAUAGCGAUGAAGCCAAUCCCCGCAGUGUAUCUAGCCUGUCCAACCGUUCCUCCCCUCUUUCAUGGCGGUAUGGUCAGUCCAGCCCACGCCUGCAAGCCGGAGAUGCUCCUUCGGUCGGUGGGGGGUGUCGCUCAGAAGGCACUCCUAGCUGGUACAUGCAUGGGGAACGAGCUCAUUAUUCCCACACCAUGCCCAUGCGCAGUCCCAGCAAGCUCAGCCACAUUUCCCGUUUGGAGCUGGUGGAAUCCCUUGAUGCUGAUGAUGUUGAUCUUAAAUCUGGGUACAUGAGUGACAGUGACUUAAUGGGGAAGACAAUGACUGAAGACGAUGAUAUCACCACAGGUUGGGAUGAAAGUAGUUCCAUCAGCAGUGGCCUCAGUGAUGCCUCAGACAAUCUCAGUUCAGAAGAAUUCAAUGCUAGUUCUUCACUCAAUUCCCUGCCUUCCACCCCCACGGCUUCCCGUAGGAACUCUGCCAUAGCGCUACGCACAGAUUCUGAGAAACGGUCAUUGGCAGAGAGUGGGCUGAACUGGUAUGGUGAACCAGAGGAGAAGACCCAAAAGAAGAUGGAUUAUGACAGCGGGAGCCUGAAAAUGGAGCACAGUUCCUCCAAGUGGCGACGGGAACGUUCUGAAAGCUGUGAUGAAGCUCCUGCCAAAGGUGGGGAGCUGAAAAAGCCUGUUAGUUUGGGCCCACCAGGAUCCUUGAAGAAGGGCAAGACACCACCUGUAGCAGUGACCUCCCCCAUUACUCACACAGCCCAGACUCUGAAAGUGGCAGGUAAGCCUGAAGCAAAAGCAACAGACAAAAACAAACUGUUUGUGAAAAAUGCUGGCCUGCAACGCUCAUCUUCUGAUGCUGGCCGAGAUCGGCUUUCAGAUGCCAAGAAACCUCCCUCUGGGCUUACACGAACCACCACGGCUGGCUCCUUUGGUUACAACAAGAAACCCCCUCCUGCAACUGGUACAGCUACAGUGAUGCAAGCUGGUGGCUCAGCUACACUUGGCAAGGUCCAGAAGAACUCCAGUAUCCCUGUGAAACCCGUCAAUGGCAGGAAAACGAGCUUGGAUGUCUCCAAUGCAGGGGAGCCUGGGUUUAUGGCGCCAGGGGCCCGUACCAACAUCCAGUACCGGAGCCUGCCACGCCCUGCCAAAUCUAGCUCCAUGAGUGUCACUGGUGGACGAAGUGGCCCACGUCCUGUCAGCAGCAACAUUGAUCCCAGCCUGCUCAGUGCCAAGGGGGGUAUUUCUGUUUCACGCCUCAAGGAACCUUCUAAAAUAGGGGCAAGUAGGAGCACCCCAGGGCCAGUGAAUCAGACUGACAGGGAGAAGGAGAAGGCCAAAGCCAAAGCAGUGGCACUAGACUCUGACUCUGUCUCACUCAAGAGCAUGGGCUCCCCUGAAAGCACCCCAAAAGCUCCAAGUGGCCACCAGAUCCCUGCAAAAGAGGCUGAGCUGCCGCCAACACCCCUCAGGUCAGCUGCCAAAAGCUAUGUAAAAGCCCCUUCUUUGGCAAACUUAGACAAGGUGAACUCUAACAGUCUAGAUCUCCCUUCGUCAAAUGAUCUCCAUCAGAUGCAUAGUGGUAAACUGCAAGAGUCACACCCAGCGACUGUAAAUGUGGUCACCCAUCUCACGUCAUGCUUUACACCAAGCCCUGCUCCAGUCCUUAACAUUAACUCUGCUAGCUUCUCCCAGGGCCUGGAGCUCAUGGGGGGCUACAGCAUCCCCAAGGAAACCCGCAUGUAUUCCAAGCUUUCAGGAUUGCACAGGAGCAUGGAAUCCUUACAGAUGCCUAUGAACCUGCACAAUGCCUUCUCUGUAGGCAGCACUGCUGCACCUACCACUGCCUCUACGCCUCCUGUUGCUGCUGAGGAAGAAUCCAGUGAGAUGGCCUGGACUGGGAGCCCAAGAAUUACACAUCUGGAAAGCUCUAACCGUGACCGGAAUACGUUACCCAAGAAGGGACUGAGGUAUCAAAUCCAACCCCAGGAAGAGACCAAGGAAAGGCGACACUCACAUACAAUUGGAGGAAUGCAAGAAUCGGACGAUGCCUCUGAACUACCCUCUCCUCCUGCUCUUUCCAUGCCACUGGUUGGGAAAACUCCACUCACAAAUGUUGUGAGUCCCACGACAGCCAACACCCCAAGGAUCACCCGUUCUAACAGCAUUCCCACUCAUGACUCCACCUUCGAGCUCUACAACGCCUCCCCCAUGGGCAGCACCCUCUCCUUGGCAGACCGACCCAAGGGCAUGAUCCGCUCGGGCUCCUUCCGCGACCCUGUGGAUGAUGUUCAUGGAUCUGUGCUGUCUCUGGCUUCCAGUGCUUCGUCAACUUAUUCCUCAGCUGAGGAGAGGAUGCAGUCAGAGCAAAUCCGCAAACUGCGCCGUGAAUUGGAGUCAUCCCAAGAGAAAGUAGCCACAUUGACAACCCAGCUCUCAGCCAAUGCUAACUUAGUAGCAGCAUUCGAACAAAGUUUGGUAAACAUGACAUCCCGUCUGCGGCACUUGGCAGACACUGCAGAAGAAAAGGACACUGAAUUGUUAGAUUUGCGAGAAACUAUUGAUUUCUUGAAGAAGAAGAAUUCAGAAGCCCAGGCUGUUAUCCAAGGGGCCUUGAAUGGAACUGAUAUUACACCCAAAGAACUACGAAUCAAGAGGCAAAACUCAUCAGAUAGUAUAUCCAGCCUGAAUAGCAUCACCAGCCAUUCUAGCAUUGGUAGUGGCAAAGAUGCAGAUGCCAAGAAGAAGAAGAAGAAAAGCUGGUUAAGGAGUUCUUUCAACAAAGCUUUCAGCAUCAAAAAGGGUCCAAAAUCUGCCUCCUCCUAUUCUGAUAUAGAGGAAAUCGCCACCCCUGAUUCUUCAGCACCAUCAUCACCAAAACUGCAACACGGAUCCAUGGAAACAGCUUCUCCUUCCAUCAAAUCUUCCAACUCCUCUUCUGUAGGCAUGGAUACCACUGAAAUUUUCCAGACCAAUGAGGAAGAACCAGAGAAAAAGGAGGUUUCAGAAUUACGCUCAGAGCUAUGGGAAAAAGAAAUGAAACUGACUGAUAUUCGUUUGGAAGCCCUAAACUCUGCCCAUCAGCUGGAUCAGCUGCGUGAAACUAUGCAUAAUAUGCAGCUGGAAGUAGAUCUAUUGAAAGCUGAAAAUGACCGGCUAAAGGUAGCACCUGGGCCAUCAUCUAUCCCAAGCCAUGUUUUGAGCUCAUCUGCUGCAUCUUCCCCAAGACGUUCCUUAGGAUUACAGCUGAGUCACUCUUUCAGUCCCAGUUUAACUGAUACAGAACUGUCGCCAAUGGAUGGCAUCAGUGCUGGUACCCAGAAGGAUGAAAUGGUACUACGAAUAGUGGUGCGCAUGCCACCUCAGCACAUCAUCAAAGGAGACUUGAAGCAGCAGGAGUUUUAUUUGGGCAGUAGCAAAGUGAAUGGGAAAUUGGACUGGAAAAUGCUGGAUGAAGCUGUCUGUCAGGUUUUCAAGGAUUAUGUCACCAAGAUGGAUCCUGCUCUGACUCUGGGACUCAGCACUGAGUCUGUCUAUGGCUACAGCAUCAACCAUGUUAAAAGAAUCUUAGACAUGGAACCACCAGAACUACCUCCUUCCCGCCGGGGUGUGACCAGCAUUGCUGUGACUUUGAAAGGUUUGAAAGAAAAAUGUGUGGACAGCCUGGUUUUUGAGACUCUUAUCCCCAAACCAAUGAUGCAGCACUACAUAAGCCUUCUACUCAAGCACCGGCGCCUUAUUCUCUCUGGACCAAGUGGAACUGGCAAGACUUAUCUGACCAAUCGCCUGGCUGAAUACCUGGUGGAACGUUCUGGCCGUGAGGUUACUGAAGGCAUCGUUAAUACUUUCAACAUGCACCAGCAAUCAUGCAAGGACUUACAACUUUACCUCUCCAAUCUAGCCAAUCAGAUUGAUCGGGAAACAGGGAUUGAUGUUCCAUUAGUUAUUCUCUUAGAUGAUCUCAGUGAGCCUGGCUCCAUCAGUGAGCUUGUCAAUGGAGCACUUACCUGCAAAUAUCACAAAUGCCCUUACAUAAUUGGAACAACUAACCAGCCUGUUAAAAUGACUCCAAACCAUGGCCUCCAUCUCAGUUUCAGGAUGUUGACUUUCUCCAAUAACGUGGAGCCAGCUAAUGGCUUCCUGGUGCGCUAUUUACGUCGGAAGCUGCUUGAGUCUGACAGUGAUGUCAAUGCCAACCGGGAUGAGCUACUACGUGUGUUGGACUGGGUGCCAAAGCUCUGGUAUCACCUCCAUACCUUCUUGGAGAAGCAUAGCACUUCUGACUUCCUCAUUGGUCCUUGUUUCUUCCUGUCGUGCCCAAUUGGUAUUGAAGAUUUCCGUACCUGGUUCAUUGAUCUCUGGAACAAUUCAAUUAUCCCUUAUCUUCAGGAAGGAGCAAAGGAUGGGAUCAAGGUGCACGGUCAGAAAGCUGCUUGGGAGGACCCUGUGGAAUGGGUGAGAGAUACGUUGCCUUGGCCUUCAGCCCAGCAAGACCAAUCAAAAUUAUACCAUCUUCCCCCACCCAGUGUGGGGCCCCACAGCAUAGUGUCUCCUCCAGAGGAACGGAGUGGCAAGGAUUCUACACCCAAUUCUCUGGAAUCAGAUCCCUUGAUGGCAAUGUUGCUGAAGCUUCAGGAAGCAGCCAACUACACUGAGUCUCCUGACCGAGAAACCUUGGACCCCAAUGUGCAGUCUGCACUCUAAAAAUAACUGGAUUGCGAUAGGAUGGAGACGAAUGAGGCAAUCUUGGUUGUCUUCGCUCCUAGGUCUUCUUUCUUUUUUCUCUGGAACCUGCAGUCUCUGGAACCUGCAGGAAUAAACACCACAGAGUGGCAGGGAGGUGCCCAUCACUUCCUUUGGGAUCUGUGCAGGUGAACAGUGAAACAGGAGACCGUUGGAUCUCCUUUGCAAGACACUGCUCUCCCUCCACCUCCAAUAACUCUGGUGGUAAGAGAAUGGUGGGUUUUAUUCCUGGGCUUUCUGCCUCUGUCAUAAACUCCUGGUUUUACAGUAUGAUUGGGGAGCAUCAAGAAAUCCCUCACAUCCAAUGUUCCCAACAUACAUGUUCUUGUGCAAGGCAAGAGACUGGAGAUAGCCACACAGAGCUGGCUGCUGUAUUUCUGCAGGGCAGUGCUAACAGGCAGGGCAAUAGCCAAGUUUGUAGAACCUAAAAUGAGGAUCUUUUUAUAAAAUAAAAAAGCAAACCCCAGAAAGCAUGAGAGUGGAAGCGUCAUUGCUGCUCUUGGAGCCGUUUCCUGCAGUUGCUGCCCUUCAACUUUCCUGCCACAACCAACAUAGGCAAAGACCUAGUAAGACUGUUAACUCUUGUCUUUGUACCCUCCUUAUUUAAUCUGCAUGAAGGUCUUUUUACUUUCAAACUCCCAAUAAACACUUUUUUCUCCUCCACUUUUAUUUUAUUUGGUUAAUCUGGGCCAUUCCAUUUGUUCUUUGGUUCUAGGAAUUACGUUCCGUUUAGUCAUCUGCCUUUGGUUCCACAGGAAGGAGCCUCAUGAGUUAAUAGUUUUUUUUCAGUUUACCUUUUUCUUGUUUUACUUUUCUGUGAAUUUCAUUCCCAUAGUCCCUCCAACUGAAAUUGGUGCUGACUGGAUGACUUCCAGUAACUUAAAUCCACUUCCUGUAUCCUUGCAGCUUGCAUCAGAUGCACACAGAAUUGAAUCAGCAGCACAACCUAUGCACAAUUUGCAUGUGGACUCCCCUUCUUGUGCCAUUCCAUAUCACUUCUUUCUGAAAAGCACAAGAGGUCAGAAAACUGUGAUCAAAGGGAGAAUGGAUUGUUGUAGUGCAUCAUUUAAUGGACAGCAACAUCAUCAUUUUUUCCAGUUUUGUAUUGCUUAUCAAUGUGCUUGCAAAUCUCUUUUCUUCCAUUCAUUUUCUCUCACUUUAUUUUGGGGACACAGGGUAAUAGAUCCUUUUUAUAGGAGCUGUCUUGAGUCUGUUGCCAUUCAGAUGUUCUGGAACUCAACUCCACUAAUCUCCAACCAGCACAGUCCUGCUGGCUGAGGAUUACAAAACUUGGGGAGAAAAUACAUCUGGAAAGUAACAGUUUAACCAAGGCUGAAUAUAAACAUUUAAACGUUUAGCCUUAGAUGUCAUUUAUAUGAUUUGCCAAACAAAUAGCCAUCAAUACACAAGUAUUCCCCUAACUAGAUGACUUUAAUUGCAGCUCCAAUCAAUUUUGACCAUUGAUCUCUAUCAGGCAUUAAGUUUGGGGCAACUGAAGAGCACUCUCAUAUGAAGCGACCCCCCACUCCCCCAGGAUUUAUAAUAUACUUAAAGAACUAUUUAACUUGCUAUAUAAAUAUUCUGAUUACAGAAUUUGUCUCAAGAAAAUGUCAGUGUAGUUUCUGUUGAUAUGUGUUUUACAUCCAAAAUUGAAAUUAUAGAUGUAAACCAGCCCUUGGCCUCUAAUGUUCUAUAAAUGUCCUACUGAUGUUCUUUGAGGCAUGCUUGCCAACUUCUAGUCGAAAGAAAUUAGACUAUAGGAGGAGUCAGUGCACUCCACAGCCAUAAGCUUUUGUAACGUUUCGCUUUGAUCAAAUGAGAUACAAGUCUGAAUUUUAGCUUCUGUGGUAGGAAGACAUAAUGAUUAGGUUCUCCAUAAUGCACAUCUCUGCUUUUUCAGUAGUGCCAUGCAGACUUAUGAAGAGAUACCUUACUGAAAGCUUGAGUAAAGCAUUCCCUCCAAUGCAAAACCACAGAAUAAUACAAAUCCACAUCUCUGAACAGCAGUAUGGCUGUUUUACUUUACUGGGUAGAUCUUCUGUGCAUGCAGAACUCUUUGACAUCAGAGCAAAAUGAUUUCCUGAGGCAAUUCAGCCUCACUUUGUUCUCAUGGCAGAGUGCCUCAUUGAUGAAAUGGAUCCCAAACAAUCCACAGCAAACUGUUUUUUUUUUUAAUCUAAGCACUACAUCUGUUUAGUUCACAGAGCCUGUGAGAGGAGACAACUAAAAAGUUUCAAAUUUCUUAAAAUGUAACCUCAGUUCUUACACAUUUUUUUUCUUCCAUGGGCUAAAAUUUUAGUAAUAGAACAUACUAAACCCAGAGGCGUCUGCAGCAGUGCUUUUGUCAAAGUGACUAAAUGGGCAUUGUGUCAUUGUGAUGCAAGCUCUAUCUCUUUUGUUUGUGCAUGAGGCCUUGAAACAUAUUUACAGAACAGACAUGAUGGCGUGAUGCUUGUUUAGUCAACUACCCCUACCUGCUGCCGAUGCCCCUGGGUUAAUCUUUCAUCCUCUCACGGCUCCUAUCACUGCCUCUUGCUUUCCCUUAUGGUGGAACCUGUUGGGUUUAUAUUGGCAAAUCAUUUACAAGGCCUGUAGAUAGAUACAUUGUGCCAAAUACCUUUGGUCUUAUAUAGUUCUGAGCAUUCAGGUGAUAUUGCCAAGAUUUUCAGUAUUUUCUCUUUUUAAAAAUGUGUUUUUAGGAAGUGAGUAAGAACAUUUUCCAGCUUCAUAUGCUACAUUUUGCACUUACCUAGUCCCUAUAUAGAAUGUAUAUAGUGUCUUUUUUUUGUCCAUGAUUGUGCCAUAAAGGCACCUUGUGAAAUCAGUGUGGUUUUUUUUCCUCUUAUGUAAGUGUAAUAUAACAAUUCAGGAUACACUUAAAAAGUUGCAGUGGAGAGUUCAUUUUUAUUUAUUGUAACAAAUAGCCAUCCAAAUUCUUUUAUAGAUACACAAUUCUUUCCUCACCUUAUCCCAUUCUGCUGUGGCCAUUGAGGAUGCCUAGUUUUUACUGGGCUGUUUUAGAACAUGGGUUGUUCCUCUAGUCCCCUCCCUCCAUUUAAUUUUGAACAAUUUGUCCCUUCUUGGGCAUGAUUAGGGGCCCAGUUGGGAGAAAAAAAAUACUUUAUAGCAGGGGUCUCCAACCGUGGCAACUUUAAGACUUGUGGACUUCAACUCUCAGAGUUCCUCAGCCAGCUUCACAAGUCUUAAGGUUGCCACAGUUGGAGACCGCUGCUUUAUAGGAUAUAAGUACUGGUAGUGAUCAUUGUAAAGAGCACAUGCUCCAGGUGUGGCCACGUACCAAUAAGGAGGAGCAGAAGACCUGUCUAGGUAUGCAUAGCUCACCUUCAUUUCCAAAACUGCUUUAACUUUUCCUUAACUCAGCAAACAUGUAAGAUAGAAAGAUUUGCAUUUUUGAACUAAUGAACACUUGCCAAGAAUACUGGCCAUCUGGGUAAAAUUAGUAUCAAAUAAUAAUUUUGAUAAUGCAAGGAUAGAAUUUUGCACUGCUUUCCCUGAGCCAAAGGUAUGAAAUGAAAUGAUCGAUAUAAUGUGUAAGAAGUACACAAUUAAUGUUUUCUUGGCUUCCUGUGUUUUUGUAGAAGCUUUCAUUCACCAUUUUCUCUAUUUUAUUAUCAAUGCAAUCUUUUUGUAACCCUCCAUCUAUUGAACCUAAGUUUUACUUGUAAACAUCUGAUACAAAGUGAUCUUGAUCAACAAAGUUAGAUAAUUGUGCAGACUUCUCACCCUGAUCUCCAAGAUUCUUUACAGUUUGUCUGGUUGAGAGUUAUAGUUCAACACAUCUGCAUGGCACUAGUGGAAGAAGGCUGUACUAAGACAUUACAAGGAUUUUCAGUAGACAAUAGUUAUUCCUCUCAUAAAUAUGAUAGUGUCUCAGGUUUUUUUAGGUCUCCAUGCCUCCUAUUUCCUUCAAGCAGAAUGUAUUUUGUAAGAUGAAAUUGCCUAAUAUUAUCAUUUCAAGGGAGGAGAAUCUAGCCAUUACUCUUUUCUGAUUACUAAAAAAAGGCUGGGCUAAUCUUUUAAAUCCAGGCUAGACCAAAUAGUGGAAUAGUUUAUGUUCAGCACAAAGAGCCCAAGGAAGGAUGGAAGGGUAACAUCCAAUGCCUGUUGACUAUAUUGCUUGGAACUGCUUAGAUCAGGGGUCUCCAACCUUGGCAACUUUAAGACUUGUGGACUUCAACUCUCAGAAUUCCUCAGCCAGCUUUGCUUAGAUGAUUGACUGACUGACUAAUUAAUCCAGCAGUUGCCUUUCAUUCUGAAACACCUAAACCUAAUGACCAAAAUCACACUCCUAUCCCUACAUGCUUACUCAACUACCUUAUAUUGAACAAUAUAAGCCUAGCCAAGAACUAGUUGUUUUUCUGAAAGCAAAUGUUUCUGUUCAUAAAUGGAAUUCCUCUGUUGCUCACUCAUUCCUUUUGUUGGAAUAAGCAAUGCCACCCAAAGGAGUUUCACUUCAUUCCAAAAUCUGCCAAGAGCAAUGUUUACAAACUGGACAGCCUUAUCUAACUUGGUGUCCUUGAGAUAUUUGGACUUUGGGUCAUCAUAUGCAAUAGGAGAUAAAGUUGUGUUCUAGCAUAUGUAGAUGAUAUAUCUGACUGGGGAAGUAGACAAUAAAGAAAUGCAAGCAAAUACAAUAUUGACACUUUUGAAGCUAAAGUAAAGACUAUUACUUUAAAUCUUUAGGACAAGACAGUAAAAGAUAAGUAUCUCAUUCAACUCAGAGCUGGCCCAAUCAAAAUUUCAUAACUAACCAUGAAAGGUUUGACCUUGCUUUCAAAGGAUUAGGAGCCAUUUGUCUGGGUGGUUUUUCAACAGAGCUAGGCCUCUAAAAUAGUAAUCAAAAAGAAAAAAGA